AUGAAGCUACCAACUCAUGUUAUAGAUCCAAACGGCGAAGUGGUCAUAGUAUUGCGCAAUGCAGACUGUGCUUUUGCCCAGCCGGUCGAGAAUAUGAACACUGCUGGAGAUACUCAUGACCAUCUGGAGAUGCGUGAUAGUUCUCAAAGUCCUUCAGAAGCAACACCCGCACUGGAACUCUCUUUUGAAUACCCGCAGCCGACUGUCAGGGAAAAGAAAAUGGCAAAGAAGAAUAAGACAAAGAAGAAUAAGAAGAAGGGCAAGAAGGGAUGGUCUGGCGGUGAUUUGAAUGAAGAGCCUGCUGUCGAGGGCUUCGCUGCCGAAUAUCCUACCCCCGAAGAGCCUGCUGUUGAGGAUUUUGCUCCCGAAGAGCCUGCCCCCGAAGAGCCUGCCCCCGAAGAGCCUGCCCCCGAAGAGCCUGCCCCCGAAGAGCCUGCCCCCGAAGAGCCUGUCCCCGAAGAGCCUGCCCCCGAAGAGCCUGUCCCCGAAGAGCCUGCCCCCGAAGAGCCUGCUCCCGAAGAGCCUGCCCCCGAAGAGCCUGCUACCGAAGAGCCUGCCCCCGAAGAGUCCGCUGCAGAAUAUCCUUCCCCCGAAGAGCCUACUGUCGAGGAGUUUGCUGCCGAGGAGUCCGCUGCAGAGUAUCCUACCCCCGAAGAGCCUGCUGUUGAAGACUCCGCUGCCGAAGCAGAUUUCAUCGAGGCUUCGGAUAGUACUUGUUAUCGUAUUCAAGUCUCUGCGAAGCAUAUGAUACUUGCCUCCCCAGUCUUUGAAACCAUGUUGACUGGUGGUUGGAAAGAAAGCAUUACCUUUGCGCAAAAGGGGUCAGUUGAGGUCGAUGCAGAAAGCUGGAACAUCGAAGCACUCUUGAUUGUGCUGCGUGCUAUUCAUGGGCAGCACUAUAAUAUCCCACAAAAGCUUACCCUCGAGAUGCUUGCCCAAGUUGCUGUCAUCACAGACUACUAUAAGUGCAAGGAGCCUUUGCAUAUCCUGAAGGAUAUAUGGAUAAAAAAUCUGGACGAGGCUUUACCCAUGACAUUUUCUCGGGAUUUGGUAUUAUGGCUAUGGAUUUCUUGGUUUUUCCAACUUCCUCUCCAAUUCAAAGCAUCAACUUCGAUUGUGAUGUCACAUAGUGAUGGUUGGAUUGAUAGUUGGGGACUCCCAGUAUCGUACCAAGUUAUAGAUUCAAUGAAUACCUGUCGACAGGAGGCUAUCGACAACUUAAUUACCCUUCUUCAUGAAACCCGCGAUGCCUUCAUACACGGUACUCGGGGGUGUUGUUUCGAGUGCCGUUCAAUCAUGUAUGGGGCUUUGACGAUUCAUAUGAAUUCAUAUGAUCUGCUUUCACCGAAACCGGAGGCUCCUUUUAUGAAUUUGACUUACCAUUCUCUUGUUCAGAGAGUCCUGGCAUUUCAAUCACCCCAAUGGUAUUCUCCACUCUCAGGCUAUUCAGACUAUUCAAGUUUUUCGAGUUAUCGAUCCAACUCUCGUCACUCUCCACAUGCCUGCUCCAACGCAUCCUUUAAAUCCAUUUUCACGAUGCUGAAGGGCUAUCUUGAGGGCUUGGAAUUUGAAAUAUAA